GAGAGAGAAAGAAAGGGAUAUAGUGUAGAGAGAGAAACUAGUGGAUGCUUAUAGUGAUUAGUGAAAAGUAGAAUGCACGAGAAAAAAAUUGAUAAAAAAGAGUCCUUUAAAAUUUAUUAUUAUUAUGUAGUUAAUACAGAGAGGCAAAAUGCCCACCAUCAAAACCUGUCUCUCAUCAUCUUCUCAAUUUUGAAACUUUUUUUUGUUCUUUUUUCCUUUUUUUUUUGUUUUAGAGAGAGAGAGAGAGAGAGAGAGAGAGAGAGAGAGAGAAGAAAAUUGAUUUAGUGUAGAGAGAGAAAGUGAAGUUUACAGAUGCUCUUACAAUGGGGAAAGAAUUGCAGCAAAAUCUGCAGCAACAAGAGAGUAAUAAUGAGAUUAGAAACAGAGAAAAUGGUUCUUCUUCAGGUCUUUCCUGUGAGAGAUGUUCGAUGGGAUUAUCAAAAAUUGUAAAAGAGUUUAAUUUUAAGUGUAUUUUUGUUUUGAUUUUAAGUUUUUGUGUAUUAGUUUCUGUGAUCUUCUGGAUCCUGCCUCACCGUACAGUUAAAUCAGUUGGGUUUGAUGCAGACAUUGCAAUUAAGCUCAGUGCUACAGUUCAGGUUUACUUUAAACUUCAAAAACCUGUUCCCCAGCUUGUUCCGCACAUUGGGAGAUUAGAAUACGAUAUCCAUGAGGAAAUAGGUGUUCCAAAUGCAAAGGUGGCUAUCCUAUCCAUGCAUCCAUCUAAACCCGAUGCAUCUAACUGCACUGAUGUGGUGUUUGGUUUUCUUUCUGACCCAAUAGAUGUUCCAAUAAAUCAAGUAUCUUUAAGUGUGCUGAAGUCAUCUUUAAUCGAGCUGCUCCUUCACGAAUCCAAUCUGACUUUGACAACCCCAAUAUUUGGGCAACCCUCUAUGUUUGAGAUUCUGAAGUUUCCUGGGGGGAUCACUGUAAUCCCAGUUCCAUAUGCUUCCAUUUUUCAGGUGGCCCAGAUCCUCUUUAAUUUUACCCUCAAUAACUCCAUAGCUGAGAUACUGCAAAAUCUCAACGAGUUAAGGGAUCAGUUGAAGUUAGGAUUGCAUCUGAGACCUUAUGAGAAUAUAGUUGUGCAAAUAACAAAUACUGAAGGGUCCACAGUAGAUCCCCCAGUCACUGUUGAGGCCACAGUCGUGUCAGAUCUGGGGAGCCUUCUGCCACAGAGAUUGAAACAGUUGGUUCAAACAAUCACAGAUUCUCCCUCAAAGAAUCUUGGCCUUGAUAACUCAGUUUUUGGUAAAGUAAAGAGUGUUGUUUUAUCAUCAUACUUAAAAGGUAGAAUCCAUGCAAACCCUCCAACUCCUUCACCAGCUCCUUCUCCAGAGCCUAAUGAUCAAGCCAAACCUCCUAUUUCUAUAUGUCCUGGUUGUGAUCCAUCACUCCCUCCUGCAUCUUCUCCAUCAGAUGAUGAUCAUGCACAUGGAACACACCCAGAAUGCAGGUCUCACCAUUCUUUACAUCCUGUAAAUCCCCCAGCACCUUCUGUGGUACCUGUUGAUCCUCCUAACCCUUGCAGACACCAUAGUUCUCCUGUAUCCCGAAACCCAUCACCAUCUCAUUCUAAACGGAGCCCAUACCUAGGCCCACUGGGUCCCCCAUCACAGCUCCCGCCAGCUCUGUCUCCUCUGCCUCAUGUCUCAUAUGGUUCAAGUCCGAGGAAAGGCUCAGGAUCUCAUGCACAUGCUCCGUUCUCAGCACCAUCUCUAUCAUGCACAGUGAAGGCUUACUUUAGACUUCCAAAGCCAAUCUUACAGCUUGUUUCACACGUUGGAAGAUUGGAAAGUGAUCUCAAACAGGAAAUAGGCAUCCCAACUGCAAAGGUGGCUGUCCUAUCUAUGCGCCAACCUGGUGCAUCUAACUGGACUGAUGUGGUGUUUGGUUUUCUUCCUGAGCGAAAGAACGUUCCAAUAAAUCCAGUAUUCUUAAGUGUGCUGAGGUUAUCUUUAGUUGAUGUUUUCCUUCAGGAGUCCAAUCUGACUUUGACAACCUCAAUUUUUGGGAAACCCUCUGCAUUUGAGAUUCUGAAGUUUCCUAAUGGGAUCACUCUAAACCCAGUGCAAGAUGCUUUUAUUUGUCAGAUGCCUCAGAUCCUCUUUAGUUUUACCCUCAAUCAUUCAGUAGCUGGUAUACUGGAUAAUCUCACUGAGUUAAGGGAUCAGUUAAAGUUUGGUUUGCAUCUGAGAGCUUAUGAGAAUGUAAUUGUGCAAUUAACAAACACAAAUGGCUCCACGAUAUAUCCGCCAGUCACCAUUCAGGCUUCAGUUGUGUCACAUCUAGGGAGCCUUCUGCCACAGAGAUUGAGGCAGUUGGCAGAAACAAUCAUAAAUUCUCAGUCAAAGAAUCUUGGCCUUAAUCAUUGGGUUUUUGGUAAAGUAAAGAGUGUUAAUUUAUCAUCUUAUUUGAAAGGUAAGCUCCAGUCAAAUCCUCCAACUUCUUCUCCAGCUCCUUCUCCAGAACUCAGUGAUCUUGCCCAUCCCCCAAUUUCUACAUAUCCUUCUAAUACUCCUUCACUCCCUCCUUCAUCUUCUCCAUCAAAUGAUAACCACUCGCAUGCAACAAGCCCAAAAUGUGGGCCUCACCAUUCCUUAUCUUGUGUAAAUUCUGCUGCACCUUCCAUGGCUCCUCCUCAUCCUAGUGGACACCGGAGUUCUCCAUUAUCUCGAAGCCCAUACUUACGUCCACUGGGCUCCCCAUCACAGAUCCCCUCAGAUCUGUCUCCUCUGCCUCAAGUUUCCUAUGGUUCCACUCCAAGUAAAGGUUCAGUAUCUCAAUCACUUGCUCCAUCUCCGUCGGCGCCAUCUCCAUCAUCGGUAGGAGUAGGUCCUUUCUGCAGGGAGAUCUGGUGGUUGGGAUUUUCUGGAUUGUUGGUCUUUCAUCUUCUUUGUUGCCCACAUUGACAGUAAAUUCUGCAAUCACACUACUUGAGACAAUUUCUGAGGCACAAUUAAAGAAAUGUUUGAUACCCAGUCUUGUUCUGGCGAGGAUGGUAGAAACUUCUGUGGAAUAUUCACCUAGUUUUCUCUUUUUUCUUUUUUCUUCAGAAAAAUUGACAAAUGUAAAUGAAACCAAAGAUGAAUCGCAGGUCAAAGCCAAGAAGGUGGCAGGCCUCUCAUCCCUCUUCUAGUUUUUUGAUGUCACAUAGAAAGCUGAGAACUUCUCAAAAGGGAGCAACCCCCUAAACAGUGACCAAUCAAGAAGCAACAUUAUAUUGCAGAUUUCAAGAAGCAUUUUCUGUAUGUUCCAAGUGUAAAAUAUAUAGGUUUCUUUUGAGCAUCUGCAAUGCAAUGCUAAGGAAAAAUUGUAAUGCAGAAACUAGUGUGAUAACCACUUCUGGAGUAAUAGAAUACAUCUUAAAGAAAAAAAAAAACAAUUUCUUCU